AUGGCGCCAAGGAUAAAGCCGAAGGCUGCAACAAAGAAGGCUCCUCUGCUUCUUGAAUCCCGACUGCAGCGUCUAUUCACCUCUCUCUGUGCCCAGAUUGACGGAGGACACUUUGUCAACGCGCUCAAGACUUGUGACAAAAUAUUGACUCUUGCUCCUGAUGAUCCCGAUGCCCUACAGACCAAGCUGUUCCUUCUCCUUCAGACAGAGCGUUACGAUGCAGCGCUUGACCUACCAGGAUGCGAUGGAUUUGAGAAAGCCUAUGCGCUGUAUAGGAUGCAGAAGGGGGAUGAGGCACGAGAAGUGUUGAAGGAGGUAACAGGCGAUGCUGAGAGAGGCGCGAUGCAUUUGGAGGCUCAGCUCAACUACCGAAAUGGAGAAUUCGCUACGGCAGUGGAUCUAUAUACCGCCCUUCUCGACUCGGCUGACCCUGCAUCCGAGGAGCAUACCGACAUCCUCACCAAUCUCUCUGCAGCCCAACUGCACCUGGAUUUCCUCCUUCAAGAUACUGCCUCUUUCUCGCAACUACUUCCUCCCUCUAUCGCGUCCUCACUAGAGAGCGGGCCGCCUCCAGCUAUAGCGUCGUCGUCUAUUGCCUCUACUGUCCACGUAUCGACGACGCAGCCCAUUCCAACGACAAAGAAAGUACGGACGUCGCGUGUUCCGAAGGGUAUAACACCUGGUGUGUCUCCGGCACCAGACCCAGAGCGAUGGCUGAAGAAGAGCGAGCGGUCCACAUAUCAGCAGAGCAAAAAGAAAGGGAGGGGCGGCGGGGGCGGCGGUGCGACCCAGGGAUUGACAGAACCCGCUACUGGAGGGGGCGGUGGCAGCAGCAACAAUGGGGGUGGAGCAGGAAAGAAGAAAGGGAAAAAGAAAUAA